GGGUAGUGGUUGCGGAAAUGCUCCACCCAAGACGGCCGAACAACACGUUUCGCUUUCCUUCUCUGAUUUUUUCUCAACCAAUUACCUUCAUUUCGUUUUCGGAGUUAAAACAUCGACGAAAGGAUACAAAAUAUGAAUAAAGGAGUGAUGCUUUUGGUGACUUUGUCACUACUGAUCGGAUUAUUGACCGGUGCUUACUCCCAGAAUGAGAACAAAAUCACAGUACAGUCAGGACCAGUCAAAGUGAAGAAAGGAGAAAGCGUCAGUUUGUGGUGUAAAUUGAAAACUGACGGUAAAUACGUAAUGAUGCCUGUACACUGGCAGUCGCCGCCAACGUUCAAAACGAGAACUGCUAACUGUGAUUCUUUUAAAGAGGAGAAAUAUGUCAUAUCAUGUUCAAAGACUGGGAAAACAUUUAGAUUUUUUAAUUUGACAAUAAUGGAUGUCCAAUUCGUGGAUGAAGGGUCCUAUCGGUGUAUUCAUGGAGGGCAUAUCGACCUUGUGUAUUUAAGUCCUUUUGUUCCGGUAACAGACGUUUCACUUACCUACGCAAUCCAUGACAUACCUACAGAACCCCUGUUACUUAAUGCAGUGAUAACAUGCACAACAAACUGUGCAUAUCCAGAACCGAAGAUUUCCUGGUUUGAAAAUGACCAACCCUUCAAAGGCAAAGCGACGGUUACUGUUACAGAUGUUGGCUGCACAGGGACUAAGGAUGGUCAAAAACGGACUAGAAGCACCGUAAUCGUACACGUGGACAACGAGCGGAGAAAGCACAGUAUUAAUUGUACAGCUGAAAACGUUAUUGGGGAGAAGACGAUUUCCAGGACGAUAGAUGACAUUUUUAACAGAUCAAACACUGCUGAUAAUGAUGUGACCCCAAAUCCACCACAACCCGGAAUGGAUGUACGUACCACUGCCACCUUUGUGUCAGUCCCUGUUGUGGUGGUUAUCGUAUCAGGCGUACUGUUUAUAUCCAUAUACACUUUUGUGCGAAGAAGACACGCCAAGAAACUUCAAAACGCUGUAGCCCAAAACAAGUUGAUGUUACAGAGACUGCUCAAGGAGUACGGUGAUGUAGAUUAUUUCAAACAGGAGGAUGAAGAGAGCAACCGUUCUAACGAUGAAGAGCAGCGCUGGGAGCAGCUGAUAAUCGCCUCCAGAAGAGGUAGCGUUAAAACCGUACAUGCUAUUCUAGAAAAUCAAACCACAGAUGUUGACAAAGACAAGGACGGGGAGACGGCGCUAAUGUUCGCCUCCGAAAAUGGUCGAAGUAAUGUCGUAUUUGAUCUUAUAAUGAUAGGCAGUGCAGACGUUAACAAAGUCAACAAGAACGGUUCGACGGCGCUAAUGUUAGCUUCCGAAAAAGGUCAUCGUCUUGUCGUAGAUAUUCUAUUGCAACAUAAAGCAGAGGUGAACAAAGAAAACAAGAUUGGUUCGACGGCGCUACUGCUCGCCUCCAAAAGAGGACAUCGUGAAAUCGUAGAUGCUCUAUUGCGACGUGAUGAUGCAAAGGUUAACAAAGAAAACAAGGAGGGCUCAACAGCGCUUAUGCUCGCCACGAGAAAUGAUCACCUUCCCGUCGUAGAAGCUCUAAUAAAAGGUGGAGCAGAGGUUAACAAAGUAAACAAGGAGGGCUCAACAGCGCUUAUGCUCGCCACGAGAAAUGAUCACCUUCCCGUCGUAGAAGCUCUAAUAAAAGGUGGAGCAGAGGUUAACAAAGUAAACAAGGACGGCUCGACAGCGCUUAUGCUCGCCUCCCAAAAUGAUCACCUUCCUGUCGUAGAAGCUCUAAUAAAAGGUGGAGCAGAGGUUGACAAAGUAAACAAGAACAGCAGGACGGCAUUAAUGAUUGCCUCGAAAAAUGGUCACCUUGAUGUCGUAGAUUGUCUUCUGAAACAUGGAGCAGAUGUUAACAAAAAGAAUAAGGACGGCUUGACGGCACUAACGGUUGCCUCCCAAAAAGGUCACUUUGAUGUCGUAGAUGCUCUAUCGAAAGGCAGAGAAGAAGCAUCAGCUUGAUGAUCAGACGACUAGUGUGUGAUAGGUACAUUCCUCAGUGCCAUCGUCAUCAUAAUAUUCAUCAUCGUCAAGGUGGGAAUCGUAAAAAAUAUUUCGGGAGGAAGAUAGGCAUCAAGUCUGUUUGACUUGCGUGGACAUGAAAAAAUAUCACUCGAAGAAAAAUGCCCGGCGAGUUUAAUAUUGAAUGUAAAAUGUAAAUACGACAGUAACUAGAGGCCAAACGAAUGUGAGGCACUCCACCAACAUAACCAAGGCAGACCCUGUGAGAAAAAUCUUGAAAAUGAGUCAAAAAGCGGAUUUUAUAAAAUUUAAUAUUAUGAUUUAGCUAUUUCUCAGCAAUUAUUAUAUUGAUUUUUGGCACAUUGGUACAAGCUUAGGUCGAUGGGUCAUUAAAAUGGUACCAACAUUUUACCAAAAUUCGUGUGGCACACAAUAACGAUGACACUAUUAAAAUGAUAUUGUACAAAUUGAAUGAUAACUUAACAUGAAGGUUUCAUUACUGAUAAAUCUUUGUUACUAUUCAAUAUUUUAUGACUCUUUGCCAGCUUCAGAAAAAAGAUUGCUUUACUUUGUAUAUUUUCCAUUGCAUUCAUGUGUUCAUUUACAAUGGUGUGUAAUUUGUAUUUUGUAUAUUUUUCAUUGUAGUCAUACAGUAGUUCCUCGCAAAGCUCGCCGUCUGACCAAGGCCUGAUUUGAUGGUCAGACGACAAGGGUGUGAUAGGUACAUUCCUCAGUGCCGUCGUCAUCAUAAUAUUAAUCAUCGUCAAUGUGGGAAUCGCAAAAAAAUUAUUUUCGGGAGGAAGAUAGGGAUCAAGCCUAUUUGACUUGCGUGGACAUAAAAAAAUAUCACUCGAAGACAAAUGCCCGGCGAGUUUAAUAUUGAAUGCAAAAUGUAAGUACGACAAUAACUAGAGGCCAAACGGAUGUGAGGCACCCCACCAACAUGACCAAGGCAUCAGACCCUGUGAGAAAAAUCGUGAAAAUGAGUCGAAGAUAUCGGGGGAGGGGGGGGG